AUGAAAUUCUCGGCCCUCGCCGCUGCCGGCGCUUUCCUCGCUGGCACUGUUCUUGCCGACGUCGACGAGAUCGUCAUCAAGGGAAGCAAGUUCUUCUACAAGACCAAUGGUACUCAAUUCUUUAUCCGCGGUGUUGCCUACCAGGAGCCGGCCACCAGCAGCAACAGCUUCAUCGACCCUCUGGCCGAUAUCAAUGCUUGCAAUCGUGAUAUCCCCUACUUGACUGCCAUCCGCACAAACACGAUCCGUGUCUACGGCGUCGACCCUACCAAGGACCACUCGGCAUGUAUGAACGCCUUCGCCGCCAGCGACAUCUACAUGAUCAUCGAUCUUGGCUCCCCCACUGACUCCAUCAACCGUGCCAGCCCGUCUUGGGAAGUCCCUCUCUACCAGCGCUACACUGCUGUGAUUGACGCUUUCGCCAACUACACCAACGUCAUUGGUUUCUUUGCCGGAAACGAAGUCACCAACAACGCCUCCUACACUGAAGCUAGCGCUUUCGUCAAGGCUGCCGUCCGUGAUUCCAAGGCUUAUGUCAAGCAGAAGGGUUACAACAAGGGUGUCGGUUACGCCACUGCUGAUGCCCAGGAUAUCCGUCUCCAGGUCGCCGAUUACUUCAACUGCCACUCCGCCGACGAAUCUGUUGACUUUUACGGCGACAAUGUCUACGAAUGGUGCGGUACUACUGCCACGUUCCAGACAUCGGGCUACAACGAGAUCGUCAAGAACUACUCCAGUUACUCUGUCCCCUACUUCUUUGCCGAAUACGGUUGCAACACUGUUAAACCUCGUACUUUUACCAACAUCGAAUCCAUGUACGGUCCAGACAUGCAGGAUAUGCUGAACGGUGGUUUCGUCUACGAAUACUUCAACGAGGCCAACGACUAUGGGUUGGUCUCUCUCCAGGGCUCUAGCGUCAGCACCCGUUCCGAUUACAAUUCCUUCUCCACCGAGAUCGCCAAGGCCACCCCCAGCGGUGUCGUCAGCGCUUCUUACACUCCUACCAACACCGCUCUCCAGGCUUGCCCCACCGUCGACUCUGUCUGGAAGGCUAGUUCCAGUCUUCCCCCUACCCCCAACGAAGCUCUCUGCAACUGCAUGGUCGCCUCUCUUUCCUGCGUUGUCUCCGACAACGUCGACUCCAAGAACUACGGCCAACUUUUCGACUUGAUCUACGGCUUCGGCGACACCUCCUACACUGCCGGCAUUUCUGCCAACGCCACCAGCGGAAAAUACGGUGCCUACAGCAUGUGCGCCGUCAAGGACCAACUCUCCUGGGCCCUCAACGCCUACUACCAGGUCCAAUCCGCCAAGGGUAACGGUAACAAUGCCUGCGACUUCAGCAGCUCCGCCACCACCCAAGCUGCCACUACUUCCGGUAGCUCUUGUUCCACUAUGUUGGCCGCCGUGGGCACCGCUGGUACGGGCUCUGCCUCUGGUGCCAGCGCUACUGGAACCGGUAGCUCUCACACUUCUUCGGGGGCUGCUUAUCCCGGUGCUUCCCCGCAGGCCGUUUUUGUCGGUACCUGGCAAUUGAGCGCGUAUAUCCUCGCUGCUCUUCUUAGUGGUGGUGCCAUGCUCUUGAUUCUGUAUUACAUUGGCAUGCUUGUAAAGUUGUAA